CGCCGACGCCGGAACUACACUAGUCCAGCGUCACAAUAUUUACAAACGGUGAACAGUGCUAAAGUGACAUUAUUAGGAGCAUAUCCACAUAGAUUAUUAAUUUAUUUAAACUAUUUACGUUCGGAAUGAAGCAAAGCGAGGUUGGCGAAUGAAGACUAUUUGGACGUACAGAAAGUAAGCGGAACGGGUUCAGUGUUGAUCAGGGCUUCAAAUUAAAUUGCGGUAAAGUAAAUUGCGGUAGCACCAUCCAAGAGUGAAGACGCAGCUUCGAGUCUACAGGGAACCGGACGCAGCAGCGGUGCAGUUGGCGUAUGGACAACGGACGACGAGUGACCAGGUCAUCGAAGACCAGCAAGAAACAGCGGAUUGAUAUAACAAUGCUUCGUUCUACCAAGACUGUUAAAAAAUCGAAGAAGCAUCCUGUCACAUGCGAGCCCGUUGCCGCUAGAGAGAUGCCGGCCGAGGAGGAACCCGCGGCGAUGGAGAGCCGGGACGUGGACGGGUCGCCCCAGCAGUUCUGUUUGAGAUGGAACAAUUACCAGAGUAACCUCGCGAACUGCUUCGACCAGCUCCUGCAGACCGAGUCGUUCGUCGACGUGACGCUGGCCUGCGAGGGGCAGAGCCUGAAGGCGCACAAGGUGGUGUUGUCCGCGUGCAGCCCCUACUUCCAAGCACUGUUCAUGGACAAUCCGUGCCAACACCCGAUUAUAAUAAUGCGCGAUAUAAAGUACUGCGACCUGAAAGCGGUGGUCGACUUCAUGUACCGUGGCGAGAUAAACGUGUCGCAGGACCAGAUCACGGCGCUGUUGAAAGUGGCCGAGACGCUGAAGAUCCGCGGCUUGACCGACGUGGGUGAGCACGCCGUGCUGCGGCCCGGCGCCGGGCCGGCCGGCCUCGACCCCCGCGCGCCCAAACGGCCCGUCAGCCGCGACAGCGAGUCGUCGGCGAAGGCUCGCCGGCACGUGUCCACGGAACGCGACCGCAGCCCGGUCCCGGGCCCGAGCCCUCGCCGCUCGCCCAGCACGCCGCCAAGCGCGCCGGCCGAGCUGCCGCCGGCGGGCGCCGUACCCGGCGAGCCUGGCGGCCACGUUGGCCCCUCGCUGGCGGGCCUGCACGCCGACGACGUCGAUAUCCGCCCUGGCAUCGCCGAGAUGAUCCGCGAGGAAGAAAGGGUAAAAAUUUGUUUAUUAAUACGUAUACUGCGUUCGGCUAGAAAAUUCCUGCAGGAGGAUCAGGCAAAGCUAUUGGAAAAUUCUCAUGCAUGGCUCGGAGCAUCGACAUCUUCUAUUGCAGCAGACAGCUACCAGUACCAACUUCAGUCGAUGUGGCAGAAAUGCUGGAAUACAAAUCAGAGUCUGGUACAUAACCUACGAUUCCGCGAGCGCGGGCCCCUUAAGUCCUGGCGGCCGGAGACUAUGGCCGAAGCCAUCUUCUCGGUGUUGAAGGAGGGGCUGUCCCUGUCGCAGGCGGCGAGAAAAUACGACAUACCAUAUCCCACAUUUGUACUCUACGCGAAUAGAGUCCACAACAUGCUGGGACCGAGCGCUGACGGAGGAGCAGAUUUGAGGCCAAAGGGACGCGGGCGUCCGCAACGCAUCUUGCUGGGCGUAUGGCCCGACGAACACAUCCGCGGCGUGAUCCGCGCCGUCGUCUUCCGCGACACGCACACCCCUCACGCCGCGCACCACAUCAAGGAAGAGGUCCUACCUGUCUAUCCUUCUAUCACGGAUGGCAUGGCAGUACAAAACGCAUAUGGAACCGUAGCGUGUGGGAACGGUCGCGAAGGUGGCGUAUCUCCAAAUGCAGCAGCGGCGGCCGCAGUCGCCGCGGUGGCGCACGGUCUUCGCCGGCAGAUGUGCAACAUGGUGGUCGCAGCGCAGAGGCCGCCUGACCACCCGCCACAUCUGGGGCUACCGCCACUCCCGCUGCAGUCGCCGCGACUGCCGUCACCGCUCUCCGCCGGGCUGGAGUCUCCACUGUGCUCGCCCCCACCACCGGGCCACGCUCUCGAGCCCCCCAAGCCAGCUGAUCCGUUCCGCCCGUUUGCUUCGCCGCGUCCUGACAGUCGCUACGGAGAACGCGAUGUAGUAGCGGAAAUUACUGAUAUGGGCCCACCCAAGACUCCAGUAUCGCUCGCCAAGAACGGCAAGGAAUUGUCAAGUCCGGUGCCGGUGAAAAUGGAGCCGCCUGUGGUGGAAACGCGCGCAGAGAACAUGUGAAGCGAGGCCGCGGGAGCGGCACCGGCGCACGCGCAAGUUGGCGUGCCGCCACCGCCGCUGCCCGCAUAUCCCUACUUCGUGCCCAACCGUAACUCCGUCGGCUACUUCUAAGCAUAGCGAGCGGUCAGCAGUCUGUAUACGAGCACAUUCCAUGGCCGCACGCAGACGGCCACGUUACGCUGUCGCACGAGUAGGCGACACACGUAUUUAAUCAUUUGAAUCGUAUCGGCAUUAUUUCACAUUUCAUAUUUAAUUAUUAUUUAAAGUGGACUCGCUGUGCAAUAUAAUGCUUGUUGUUUAGUUAUGAAUUUUGUAUUAUGAAAGAAUAUUUUUAGUUUAUUAUUUUUUGUAUACAUUUGUCGUUUAUGCAUGUGUUCCAGUGACAUGUUUAAAUAUUUUUGUUAAUAUUAGCGAAGUGGUAGGUCCACGAGUACCGAGAGUCCACGCGUCGGCCCACGCGCGCGCUAACCACGCGCCACGCCGCGCGUCGCCACGCGUUCCCACUCGAUACUCCGGCAUUAUCUACUCAUAAGUAGAAUGUCAGACAUAAAUGUAAGCUUAACUAAUAAAUGUUACGAUUUAGAUUCAUCUGUGAACGUAGGGAGAUCAAAAUUAAAAUAUUUGGCCCGAUUUCAAAAGACUGUUCGGUAUACCUAUUCAUUGUAAUUCACCAACAUAUUAUGUAAGACAAAAUUAUAAAUUAAUAGUCUUAGCUGUAUUCGAAUAGAUACCUAUCGUUUCAUUUGUCGUCAGGUCGAUGUCAUUUUCUCUAUUAGGAAUUUAAGUGAAUGUGCGUUGUUGCUUGCGGGUACGCUCGCACGGUUCGCCGCGUACCUCGCGUCCCACGCCCCGCGGUUCGCGAGCUGUAUUUGUACCGCGCCUUACUUCCCGCGUCCUGCAUCUUGCGCAACCCGUGUUUCGGGCCCCGCGUCCCGCGUCCCCAGGUCUCAGCUCACCGUUCACUAUUUGUGCAGCGAUUCACAUUCGAGUAGACAUUAGUGGUCGCCAAAUGUAAUAUAGAUUGUAUCAUUAGCCAGUAGUGAUUGUUCCAAAUGUUAGGUUAAUUUAGAUGUUCAGGACUCGAUCGACUUCUCUGCAUUAUCCCCACUAAGUUGUCUCCUCACUAAGUUCUUUAAUCAAAUAUGUUAUUUUUAUAUGCUUUAGUUCAUGGAGAAAAAAAUUACGUUAUUAUUUUGUUAAUUUUAAUGGUACACCAUGACUGAAACACGAUCAGAAUAGUCAAUCAAGAAGGCAAAGGCAUGCUGUUCCGACCCUAAAUAAUGGGCAAAGGUCGGAGGAUGACAGCAAUGAAUGGUGCCACGCCACACAAUAUUUUAGCUUUUUACAUAUUUUUACCUUUUCUCCUUUUCUACCUACAUUCAGUUGGAAUAAAAUUAAGUAAAAUAGAUUUAGUAUCUGACACUUUGUCUUUCUUUAAUAAAAAAAUAUGUUUAAGAGAUCAAUAUUUUUAAGCCCUGGAUUCCUGUAAUUUUAUUGUUUACUAUUUUCAGAGUCAUACGUAUUUCUUAUAAGUGUAUUUGUACCUUUGACAACAAGUCAUACACUAUACUAGUAUGAGACCAUAUGAUGAAUGAAUCACGCUUGACGGCCACGCACAUUACGAAAUUCGGAUGACUCCAAAACACUGCUCCGUUAAUAAGUAGUUUCUGAUAAAAUCCAUAAAUACAAAAAGUAGAUAUUUGCACCCAUUUGUAUUCAGUGAACACUGUUUUAGUUUUAUUAAUAUAAAAAGAGAUGACAUCGAGUCCAUUAGGUUUAGUAGCACUGAAAUCGCCAAGCAUUGAAUGCUCGUCAUUCGAGCGUCUGCUGAACUACCUACGCGUAGCUAGUGUAUGUACGAAUCAAUUUAGAUUAGCUAUGUAACUAUUUGUAGAAUAGAAACCAUCAGGUUCUCGCUGACGUCAUUAAAGCCUCGAUCCACAAUCGAAUCUCCACUUUGGUGCGGUCAGCGUGACAAGGAACUCUCAUUAAGGUUUAUAUGUACAAAUUUGUUUUAUCGAGACCUUUCCAGUUGUAUCGUUUAAUAGUUUCGGCGGGAAAUUUACUAGAGUACGGUUCUUCUUGCCGCAAGGGUAUACCAUUUAGAUAUUGUUGGCGGACAUAACGUUGGCGUUCUUACAUUGUGACUUUAGGCGGGGGAGGGCAUCGGCGGAGGCGCGUGUACGUACUCGCAUGUCCAUGUGUCCGCCUGAAUGUGUGUUGGUGGGAACGUAUACGUGUGUGAUGCCUACUUGAAUGCAAGUCUGUGUGAAAGGAUGUUCGUGUGAUAUCAUGAGCUUUGAAAGCGUGCUUGCGAGAAUGCAAGAUCGCGUGAACGCACGCCUGCUUGAAUUCAUAGUCGAGUGAAUGCAUGACCACGUGAAUGCACGGCUACAUGCGGAUACAGCACGCCGCUCAGCCCACGCCCGGGAUAGACUCGUCGCAAAGCACGCUCAUGAAUGAUUAUAAUAAGUCUCCAAGUGGCCUUGAUACUUCACUAUUAUUUGGGAUUUGGAUUAUUCGGUUGAAGUUUGGGAUUAGUGUAUAAAAAAGACCAAAUUAUUAAAAAAUACAUUUGCAAUUCAGAUCUAGUGUUGAAACUAUUUGGCUAUCCUUUUGGAAAUAAAAUUUAAUCUAGGGAAAACUAAAAUAAAAAAAAAAGUUAUAUAAUGGCCUAUACGUUUCGGAUGAAUUGCGUAAAUUUUGGUAAAUGUUACUACGCAUAUUUUCUAUUGUGUAAGUCUAGGCUAAUGUGUUCAAAAAGUAAUUUAAAAUUUAAAAUUUUUGAAAAAAAGUAGAAAGUGCCUUCCAAAUUAUUGACCACAGUAAGUGUUGGGAUGGGUGCGGCGAUGAUCGGCUAGAUGCGGCUGACGGGCGCGGAGUUUAGCAAGCGAGCGUGUGCCUACGCCACGCCGGACACGUCGGACCACGCCGGGCCACGCAGGGCCACGCCGCGCCACGCGCCCGUCGACCGCAGUGAAUGUGCUUAAAACUAUAAAAAUGUUAGAAUAAUAAAAAUUCAAAAUUAUUAUAUAAAAUUAAAUACAUAUGACUAUUAUAUAGAAAAAAAUAUACAUAAAUUAUAUAUUCGGCCGAUGUGGUUAUACCCUGACAGGCAAGCGAUAGCUGAUUAUUCGGCGUCAAAAUUAAUUCUAUAUUUCUUUACGAGCGAUCAUUCAAAAUCAUUAAGAAACAAUGCAGACGUUGCAAUGUGCCAUUUGUUUGAACUGACCUAUAAUGUACGGUUCAUAAUUUUUUUGUAUCACAAUGUGGAUUUUGUAGUUAUAUAAUUAAACAAUUAAUUAAUUUAUUGUAUUGGAGAAUAAACGAUUCAGAUUACAUAAAUAAGUACCUAUGUUAUUUUCGUGAUAGUUAAGUAAAAUGUUUACUUAUAGUAAGUAUAAUAUACAUACACACUACAGAGGCGGUUUUGGUUGGUAUUUAUAUUAAAAUAGAAUUUAAUUUAAAAAAAUAGUUAACAAUUCAUUAGUGUUCACAGGCGACAGCGCGACUUAUCUACUGCAUGACAUCACUCCUCGAUUCUCGUUUCGUUUUGUGAUAAACAAAAUAUAUAUAUAUAUAUAUAUAUAUAUAUAUAUAU